AUGUUUUACUGUAAGAAACUAGUGUUCAACGUGCCACUAUUCCAGAAUAUGCCGAUUGCUUUAAUUAACACAAUCAUAUUCAGCCUAAUUCAAGUCCUGUACAUGCCAGGAGAGGUCGUUGUGAAGUAUGGUAAACCAGGGAGCUCAUUAUAUUUGAUUGCAUCUGGAACGGUUGCUAUUAUGAACUCGGAAGGCAAAGAGGUGGGGCAUUUGAAAGACGGUGCGUUUUUCGGUGAACGUGCCUUGUUGAAACCUGGCACGCCGCGAUCUGCCACCAUAGUUGCUUUAGAAAUCACUGAAAUAUACAAGUUGAAUCAUCUACAGCUGCAAGCGUGCCUGCAGCCGUGUCCAAGGUUGAAGAGACGGCUGGUGGAAGAGAACAGCCAGGCAGAGCGGCGCCCACGCGUUCGCCGUGGUGCUCAACCAGAGUGA